AUGGAGGCACGGCGGUUUGGCGGGACAUUUAUCGACGACGACAUUCAGUUGAAAAGAGAUGCGGCCUUUCCUACGAAGGCUGUUGCUGCUCUUGCAUGUCUGCCGUUUUCUGAUGGUUAUGCUGCUGGGGCUUAUGCUGAUGGUGGGCUUACGAUAUGGCGGCUCGACAACCAAGGAGCUGCAGCGAGCUGGGUUGGUCAUAGAGGAGGGGCGGCCACAUCGGUAUGCCAUAUGGAAGGCUCGAAGCUCGCUUCUGUCGGGUCGGAUGGUUACGGUCGUGUUUGGGACACUACAGCAGUUGACAAAUGCAUAUGGUCAUCUCCACCUCCCACUCGGGAAGGCGAGGAGCCCUCUAUGCGGAUAAAGAAGCAGUUCACGAGUGUGUCUAGAGUGGAUGCUCAUGUGGUCAUCGCUGGGCGAAAGGACUCUUCCUGGCGAGUUUACGAUACCCGACUGGGUAGCCGCGUCACUGAGGUUGGUAGAUGCGAGAUGAACGAUUGGUGUAUGUGUGUCGAAGCAGAUGGUGGGCAAGGUUCGCAUAUGGUUCGAGCAAGCGACAAAGCGGUGAAGAUAUUUGAUCUAAGGCGUUGUGGAAGUCCACUGCAACAACGGCAUCAGAGUCCUCGCCUAUUGACAAGGUUUUGCUCUGAUGGGCGGUAUCGGUUGGUAUCUUGUGGGUUGGACGGGCGAGUUCUCGUGUCAAGUCUGGAGAGGGACGAUUCGAAGCGAGGGCCUUCUGAGGUUCAUAGUGAAGAUGAUUAUAUGUUGGCUUGUGCAUUCGACUCGGCUCGACUGGUUGUGGCGGGGCUCCGAGGCAAAGUUAAUAUCUUUGGCUUUGAUGGUCGUUGA